AUGCAAUUCUCCCUCAAACUCCUCGCAAUCGCGUUCGCUAUCUUUCCCUCAGCCCUCGCAGACAGGACUUUUGUUAUCAACAUCAACAAUGACUGUCCCAGCGACGUGCCCCUCUUCAUAAACGCUGCAUUCGACAGCAUCAUUCCUCGCGGGGCGGGCGUCACGAAGACAUUCCCAGGAAACUUUUCUGGAUUGAUCUACAGUACGGCCAAUGGUGGGCUCGGUACUGGGAGAUUGGUAACCAGUGCUGGGUUCCACUUAGAGGACGAUUACUAUUACAUUCUUAAGGACGAAACCCACUUCAACAUGGGAGUAACCGUUUCUCCCCAAGCUGCAGCGGCCAACGGCUUUUGCCCCGAGCUGUCCUGUGAAACCGCCGAUUGCACUGGGGUUUUCCCGCUUUCACAACAGCCUCUGAGCUUCCCACCCCCAGGAGACUCGCCCCCCGCACCUCCGUUGGCCGAGUGUCCUGGCGCAAAUUCUGGGUUCACAGUAACGUUCUGCCCGACUCAAGCUUUCCCGCCCGACGCUGACAUUUAA